GAAAUAUUGUUGCAGACAACACAGACCAGCUUUAAUUGCAAACCAUAAUGUUCGUUUCAUGGCGAGCUAUACUUCCAAGCUUCGUGAUUAUGGCGACAACAAUCAACUGUUUGGUAAUACUGUUUGAGCAGUUCGAGCAGUUCAACGGAUUUGAAAUGGUAGAUAUGAAGCUGCGUGUACGUAAGUUUAACCGCACGAUGACAACGCUGAAUGGUACAAUUUUUGUGCGGCAGCCCAUCGGCAACAAUAUUGUGUUUCACACCGAUCUGUUCCACAGUCGGCUGGGUAACCAGCAGUUUAACCACUACCCGGCCAAGCUGCCAACUUGCGGUUUUUGUGACUUUUUCGACAACCUGCACAAUACGUACGAGGAGCAUAUUAGCGAUAUUGUGAACGUACCGCGGUUCAAGGAGUGCCCGGUGCAGGUGCGGGAAGCGCACUUCCUAGAUAAACCAUUUCCAUCUAAUGUGCUGCCGCCGGUGUGUCCAACGGGACUGUGGAAAAUUGUCAUUAGCGGCCGGUUGGACGAUGAGGAAAAACUAAACUACCAUAUGGUGCUAAAAGUGUAUGAAAAUGAUUUCUUCGGGUAACGGGAUAGCUUGUUAGAUAGCAUGUACGUUUUGCGUGA